CGGGGCGGCGGCGCUGGCACCGCCGAGCCGAGCCGUGCUGUGCCCAGCCCAGCCCUGCCCUGCCCAGCCCGGCCCCUGCCCGGCCCCUGCCCGGCCCGCCUUAGCUGCACCGCGCGGACCCAGGAAGCCCUGAUGGACAUGAGAGUGGAGCAGAGCACAUCCUGACCCCUGCCCUGCGCAGCUACCCCAGUGCCAGGCUCCGUGACGAUGGAUGAGUGGAAACCUAACCCUGCUGUCAAAGUCCACAAGAAGCGGAGCUGGUACCUCGCCUGGAAGUACAAGCUGAUGAACCAGCGCGCCCUGCGGAAGCUCUGCCAGACAGGUGCUGUCCUCUUCCUGCUUGUGACUGUAAUUGUGAACAUCAAGCUGAUCUUGGACACCAGGAGAGCUGCUUAUGAGGAGGAAGAGGAGUCUGCACAGGAUUAUGAUGAUGAGAUGCUGAAUGUGGAGGUUCCUAGGCACCCUGUCAGCAACAAGAAGGUCUUGGAUGUCGAGGUGUACUCCAGUCGGUCUAAGGUCUACGUGGCUGUGGAUGGGACAACGGUCCUGGAAGAUGAGGCUCGGGAGCAGGGAAGAGGGAUCCAUGUCAUCGUGUUAAAUCAAGCCACGGGUCAUGUGAUGGCCAAGCGAGUCUUUGACACCUAUUCUCCCCAUGAAGAUGAAGCCAUGGUACUUUUCCUCAACAUGGUUGCCCGAGGCCGGAUCCUGAUCUUCACUAUUAAGGAUGAAGGCUCCUUUCACCUGAAGGACACAGCCAAGAAUGUCCUGAAAAGCCUGGGGAGCCAAGUUGCACCAUUCCUAAGCUGGAGAGACAUGUGGACAUUUGCAGGCAAGAAGGGAGGAGAAGUAUACGGAGAGAAGCACGCCAAGUCGCCUGCCCUCUCUACGUGGGGUGACCCUGUACUGCUGAAGACAGAAGUUCAUCUGACAUCAGUGGAAGAUGCUGAGUGCCACUGGCCUGACACAGAGCUGAACCGCCGCCGGAAGAGGUUCUGCAGCAAAGUAGAAGGUUAUGGCAGCGUCUGCAGUUGCAAAGAUCCCACACCCAUUGAGUUCAACCCUGAUCCUCUCAAGGACAACAAAGUCUUUGAUGUGCCUGUAGCUGUUAUUGCAGGGAACCGCCCCAACUACCUGUACAGGAUGCUGCGCUCCUUGCUGUCGGCUCAGGGUGUCAAUCCACAGAUGAUCACCGUCUUCAUCGAUGGGUACUAUGAGGAGCCCAUGGAUGUUGUGGAGCUGUUUGGCCUCUCAGGAAUCCAGCACACUCCCAUCAGCAUUAAAAAUGCCAGAGUUUCCCAGCACUACAAAGCCAGUCUGACUGCAACCUUCAAUCUCUUCCCGGACGCUAAAUUUGCUGUGGUUCUGGAAGAAGACCUUGACAUUUCUGUUGACUUCUUCAGCUUUCUGAGCCAGUCAAUACACCUUCUGGAGGAGGAUGAGAGCCUGUACUGCAUUUCAGCUUGGAAUGACCAGGGCUAUGAGCACACAGCUGAGGACCCUUCGCUCCUGUACCGUGUAGAGACCAUGCCAGGCCUGGGCUGGGUACUCCGAAAGAGCCUGUACAAGGAUGAGCUGGAGCCAAAGUGGCCAACCCCUGAGAAGCUCUGGGACUGGGACAUGUGGAUGCGGAUGCCUGAGCAGCGGAGGGGCCGGGAGUGCAUCAUCCCUGACAUCUCGCGCUCCUACCACUUCGGCAUCGUCGGGCUCAACAUGAACGGCUACUUUCACGAAGCCUAUUUUAAGAAGCACAAGUUCAACACAGUACCAAAUGUCCAGCUUAAAAAUGUGGAGAGCUUGAGGAAGGAUGCCUAUGAGACUGAAAUUCAUCGGCUUUUGGGUGAGGCUGAGGUAUUGGACCACAGCAAGAAUCCCUGUGAGGACUCCUUUGUGCCCGACACUGAGGGCAAGGUCUAUGUCAUGUUCAUCAGGAUGGAGCAAGAGGCAGAUUUUACCACCUGGACUCAACUUGCCAAGUGCCUCCACAUCUGGGACCUGGAUGUCCGUGGCAACCACAAGGGGCUGUGGCGGCUCUUCCGCAAGAAGAACCACUUCCUUGUGGUGGGGGUCCCUGCCUCCCCCUACUCGUCCAAGAAACCCUCAUCAGUGACACCAAUCUACAUGGAGCCUCCCGCCAAGGAGGAGGGGGCAGCAGCAGUGCCAGCAGUUGCUGCAGCAGAGCAGACGUGAGACUGAAAGCUGGGAAGUGAAGGGGACCCAGGUGAAGACAGAGGCCCCCACAGUGCAGAGACAGAGUUGGCAGCAGCUCUUGGAGGCUGGUAACUGGACAUGGGCUCCCAUUUCAGGCUGCAAAAUGAGAUUGCAGAGCCCCUCCAGCCCCCUGUUGUGAUGUCCCUCUUUCUCACAUGGAACAGGGUCCUUCCCUGUAGAUAUUCCACUCCCUAUCCCAGGAACUUCUGGUUUUUAACACAGACUCUUUACUAACGCUGCUCCUUUUGCCCCCUGGCUGGGCAAGGUCAGAGGAAGGAGAUGCUCAACUUGGGGCUAGAGGGGGGCCUUGAGAAACACUUCUGCUUCCCCUUUCAGCCCUGAGAAGGCAGCAUGCUCACAUGCAAGUGCUGCAGCCUACCA